AUGGCGGGGACCCUUUCACUCUUCCAUCUUCAGCUGAAUUCGCCCAAGAGCGGAGGAAAGACCCGCUGCGACAUAACCAGUCUUCCAUCCAAAUCAUGGAGAAAAAGCCAUAGGAUUCCAAAAAGCUCUUUGGAGCCAAAGAGAAGCCUUCUAGGGAUCAACUCAUGGGUGAAGUCAAAGAGCGUAUUUGGAGAGGAUAAGGCUCGAGCUAAAAGCGAGAGGCUUUUCAAAAUCUUCCGGAUAGUCACCGCGCCAUUCAUAGCCAGCAGGGAAACAGCCCUCCUCCCUCAAGAUGGUCCGUCUUGCUUCUGCUUGAUGGAAACUAGGGUUCAAGUUCAGACUUUUCGAAAUCAAGACAUGGCGGGGGCAGGGAUUCUUUUCAUGACCCCAACAAGUUUCUGUGCUCAUUUACGCAAAUAUGAAACAUCGGAAAAAUCCAGUUUGAUCGACCCCUGGGGGACUGAAAGUCCAUCUUUCAGACUUGUAGCGCCGACCAGAACUCUGGAAUGGACUAAGGAGCUACCGAUCUAUCUCCUCGAAAGAAAGGAUUGA